AUGCUGGACGUGCGGACCACUGAGCAGCUCGAGAGGAAGCAACGCAUCGAUCGGGAACGCCGUGCCAAGUCCAAGCACAUUGAGCAGUUGGAUGUCAUCUGCGAACAUGGCAAGCAAGUCAUUGCUGUCAAUAGAGCGGCCCAGGACAGAGUCGUGCGGCUCGAAGAGAUGGAGAGAAUCGCGAAGGAGCGUAUCAAGGCGCUCAAGGCCGACGAUGAAGAGGCUUACAUGGCCCUCGUAGACAACGUCAAGGACACGCGUAUCACCCAUCUUCUGCGCCAGACCGACUCAUAUCUCGACUCUUUGGCGCAGGCCGUUGCCUCUCAGCAGAGUGACCUGCCCUGGAACCCGGUUCCGGUGUCGGCCGAAGAUGCAGCGGAGAAGACUUCCUCCAAGACCGACUACUACGCUGUUGCUCAUCGCAUCACCGAGAAAAUCACUAAGCAACCAUCUAUCCUUGUUGGUGGCACUCUGAAGGAGUAUCAGAUGAAAGGCUUGCAGUGGAUGGGUCUCGGCAAAACUAUCCAGACAAUCUCUCUCAUCACAUUCCUGAUCGAAUCUAAACGACUGCACGGCCCGUACCUUGUUAUUGUUCCGCUCUCUACCAUGACGAACUGGUCCGGCGAAUUCGCCAAAUGGGCGCCAGGUGUCAAGGUUGUAUCUUACAAGGGCAAUCCAGCACAGCGACGUGCACUUCAAGGCGAACUGCGAGUGGGGCAUUUCCAAGUUUUGUUGACCACCUACGAGUACAUCAUCAAAGACCGGCCCAUUCUCUGCAAGAUUAAGUGGCUUCACAUGAUUAUUGAUGAGGGCCACCGUAUGAAGAAUACGGAGAGCAAAUUGACUGUGACGUUGACGACAUUCUACCACUCGCGGUAUCGUCUGUUGCUCAGUGGAACACCGCUUCAGAACAACCUGACAGAGCUGUGGGCCCUGCUCAAUUUCGUGCUGCCCAAGAUCUUUAACUCGGUGAAAUCUUUCGACGAGUGGUUCAACACGCCCUUUGCCAAUUCGGGGACUGGGGACAAGAUCGAGCUGAACGAAGAAGAGGCUUUGCUCAUCAUUCGUCGAUUGCACAAGGUGCUACGGCCUUUCCUGCUGCGACGGCUCAAGAAGGAUGUCGAGAGCGAGCUUCCGGACAAGGUCGAGAAAGUCAUCAAGAUCCGGAUGAGCGCCCUACAGAGUCAAAUGUACAAGCAGAUGAAAAAGCAUAAGAUGAUCGCCGACGGUACCAGCAACAAAGAUGGGAAAGUAGGCGGUGUGAAGGGUCUCAACAACGAAAUCAUGCAGUUACGAAAGAUCUGCCAGCAUCCAUUCUUGUUCGAGAGUGUCGAAGACCAGAUUAACCCCAGUGGCCUGAUUGACGAGAAGAUCAUCCGUACGUCUGGCAAGAUCGAACUGCUGAGUAGGAUUCUGCCCAAGCUCUUUGCAACGGGGCAUCGAGUUCUCGUGUUCUUCCAGAUGACCAAGGCUAUGGACAUCAUGGCGGACUUCUUAGGCAUGAUGCAGUGGAAGUUUCUCCGUCUUGACGGAGGAACUAAGACCGAGGAGCGAGCCAAUUUUGUGCAGCUGUUCAACGGCUCGGAAGAGUACAAGGUUUUCAUUCUGUCAACGCGUGCCGGAGGUCUGGGUCUCAACCUGCAGACUGCGGAUACGGUCAUUAUCUUCGACAGCGAUUGGAAUCCUCACGCCGAUCUACAAGCUCAAGAUCGUGCGCAUCGUAUCGGACAGACCAAGGCAGUGCUCAUUCUGCGCUUCAUCACCGAGAAGAGUGUCGAGGAAGCCAUGUAUCAGCGGGCCCGAUACAAACUCGAUAUCGACGACAAGGUUAUCCAGGCGGGCCGGUUCGAUAACAAAUCGACCCAAGAGGAGCAGGAAGAAUUCCUUCGGUCCAUUUUGGAUGCCGAUCAAGAAGAAGAGAACGAGGAAGCUGGUGAUAUGAACGAUCAAGAGCUAAACAUACUGCUCGCACGGUCGGAGGAAGAGGGCGAGAUCUUCCGCCAGAUGGACAGCCAGCGGGAACGUGAGACGUUGGAGAACUGGCGUGCUCAGGAAGAGCCGUUUGAACCGACGAAUACUGACGAGACGAUCGAGGGUCGCGGUCAGCGUCGUCGGAAUGUCGUCAGCUACAAUGACGGGCUGGAUGACGAGACAUGGGCUAUGGCUUUGGAAGAAGGGGAAGAUCUGGAGGAACUUGCUGAUCGGACUCGCAAGAGAGCUGCCGCUGCCGUGGUCCCAGUCUCUGGCCGAGGCACGCCUAUGUCCGACAUCGAUUCUUCACGUGGCAGGAAAAAGAAGGGGCGAGGUCGACCACCCCUCCACGACUUCGAGUCGGGUCCCGGCAAGCGCAAGCGUGGUCACAAGUCCAUGUCGGUAACCCCUUCCGUUGUCGAUGAUGAUGACGACGAGCGUCAACCAAAACGACGCAAGGCCCCGACUGCCAAGGCGGCCGGUAAUGACGUGCCUCCACACAUUCGGGAAAAGAUGAAAAAAGUCUUCAAUGAAUGUUAUAAAGCUGUCAUGGCUUGUGAAGACCACGACGGUCGGAAGCGUUGCGAAUUAUUCAAGGAAGUGCCCGAUAAAACUGAUUAUCCGGACUACUACCAAUUGAUAACGCAACCAAUCGCGCUUUCGCAUUUGCGCAAGCGAGGUCAGACGACGUACUACAAGGAUGUGCAGGCCUAUCGGAAUGACUGGGCGCUCAUGUUCAAUAAUGCGCGGACUUACAACCAGGAAGGCUCGUGGGUCUAUGUCGAUGCUGUGGAGAUGGAGAAGGUCCUCGACGCGACAUUCAAGCGACUGACAGUCGGCACAGGACUGCCUGGCGCUGAGGGUUCCGGUCCAUCCGGGUCUGGUGGGAUGUAUGAUACGGCUCUGACGCCCAUGGAAGAUGAGGAACGACCACCGCCGCCGUCCAGAGGUCGCAGCCGACGUCAGGUCAUCAGCGACGAAGAGUAUCUGACCCCGAGCGACGAUGAUUGAGAUCUACCUAUGUGCUGUGUCCUCUGCUCUCUUUUCUGUAUCUCGCACUUGUGUUAUAUAGGUACUUUGAAUUGUAAUUACAUUGAAGAACCGUUCAGAUAUGUCUGUA